GUUUUUAUCACAACAAAAACAAAUCGUGACAUUACAAAAACUUUGGAAACACCAAACAAAUUGAUUAUUUUGUUGUGUUCGAGCACAGCAAACUAAGUCGCAAUGUUCCACUUUAGUGGCUUCAACAUGAUGUUCCCAGACGGAGGACGCAGCUUCCAAGCCACCUAUAAAUGCUUCUCAGUGUCCAUGCUGCCGGGCAACGAGCGCUCUGAUGUGGAAAAGGGUGGAAAAAUCAUCAUGCCGCCCUCGGCGCUGGAUACACUGACACGCCUGAACGUCGAAUAUCCGAUGCUCUUCAAGCUGACCAACAAGAAAAAGUCGCGCUCCUCGCACGCUGGCGUCUUGGAAUUUGUGGCCGAUGAGGGCAAAUGCUAUUUGCCGUAUUGGAUGAUGGAUAAUCUGCUGCUGGAGGAGGGCGACAUACUGAGCAUUGAGAGCGUCUCGCUUCAAGUGGCCACCUUUUCCAAGUUUCAGCCACACAGCACCGAUUUUCUGGACAUCACCAAUCCCAAGGCUGUGCUGGAAAAUGCACUGCGCAAUUUUGCAUGCCUCACCAAGGGUGACGUCAUUGCCAUCAAGUACAACAAAAAGGUCUACGAGCUGUGCGUACUGGAGACCAAGCCGGGCAACGCUGUCAGCAUCAUUGAGUGCGACAUGAACGUCGAGUUUGAGGCUCCGGUGGGCUACAAGGAGCACGGUGAGCAACAGCCGGCGGCCCAGUCAGGUGGACAGGGCGCGGGCGCCAACGAGGCAGCCGCAGGCGGUGCCGUUCACGAGGAAGUCGUCGAGACCUUCAAGGGCUCCGGCGUGCGUCUAGAUGGCAAAAAGAAAAAGGACAGCCAACUGGAGACGCCAGUUCUCAAGAAGGUGCUGCCGCGCGGCGUGCCCGACUACGAUUAUCAAUUUGGCCUGCUGCGUUUCGAUCGCAGCAUUAAGCCCAUCAGCGAUCGCACCCAAGAGGACGCCGAGGGCGCAACCGGCGAGGCCGGCAUCGAUGCGGACAGCUUCCAUGGCACUGGCUUCUCCAUGAAGAAAUCGCGCAAAUAGAAUGUAACUUCCUAGUUGUUUAAUGUUGCACAUGGCUCAUAGAAAUAGAUAAAAAAUAUGAAAUGAAAUUUCCACAACAUCAAA